CCCCAGGCAUCCCCACUGUAGUUCGUAUAAAAACAGUUACUGAAAUGUAAUUCACACACUAUGAAAUCCACCCUCCUAAAGUGUACCGUUCAAUGGGGCGUGCAGCCAUCGCCAGGACCUAAUUUUAGGGUUAGAAGGCGAUUGCCAUCGUCACGCCCUUGUACGUUGAUUUGUUACAGCAAAUUUGAGUCCCUUGGUGAACCGGCCAGAACUUCUAUGUGAAAGAUUUGGGGGAAGGUUGGCGUGUGUGUGUGUGUGUGUGUGUGUGUGUGUGUGUGUGUGUGUGUAACAGACGGCAAGUUUUGGAAGAGUACAGAGAUGCCAGGGCCCGCAGGGUGACAGAAGGCUCCUGCAGGAGGGCACCACUUCCGGGUGCGGCGCGAGCAAAGGCCUGGAGGCAGCGACGGUCCCGUGUGCCCGCUGGCCCGAAGCAGCCUCUCUGGCUGCAGGGGAGAGUCCGGGGCAGAGGUGAGCGGCCAGGCAGGAGGCCGAGGGAAUCAUGUGGCCGGAAAUUCUCCUCGCCUCAGUGCUGGCCUUUGUCGUCUACUGGUUUGUUUCCCGGGACAAGGAGGAAACACUGCCACUGGAAGAUGGGUGGUGGGGCCCCGGGGCGAGGCCCACGGCCCCAGAGGACGAGAGCAUCCGCCCUUUCAAGGUGGAGACGUCAGACGAGGAGAUCAAGGACUUACACCGCAGGAUCGACGGGACCCGUUUAACCCCACCUUUGGAGGACAGCCGCUUCCAUUAUGGCUUCAACUCCCACUACCUGAAGAAGAUCCUCUCCUACUGGCGGAAUGAAUUUGACUGGAGGAAGCAGGUGGAGAUGCUCAACAGGUACCCUCACUUCAAGACCAGGAUCGAAGGGCUGGACAUCCAUUUCGUCCACGUGAAGCCGCCCCAGCUGCCGCCCGGCCGCACCCCCAAGCCCCUGCUGAUGGUACACGGCUGGCCCGGCUCCUUCUACGAGUUUUAUAAGAUCAUCCCCCUCCUGACUGACCCCGCGAACCACGGCCUGAGCGAGGAGCACGUGUUCGAAGUCAUCUGCCCUUCCAUUCCUGGCUACGCCUUCUCGGAGGCAGCCUCCAAAAAGGGCUUGAAUUCAGUGGCCACCGCCAGGAUCUUUUACAAACUGAUGCUGCGGCUGGGCUUCCGGGAGUUCUACAUUCAGGGCGGGGACUGGGGGGCCCUGAUCUGCACCCACAUGGCCCAGAUGGUGCCCAGCCACGUGAAAGGCCUGCACUUGAACAUGGCUUUCAUUUUAAAUGGCCGCAUCCUGACCCUCUUCCUGGUUCGGCAUUGCCCGAGGCUCUUCGGUUUCACCCAGAGGGAUAUGGAGCUGAUGUUGCCCUUCAAGGAGAAGCUCUUCUACAGACCGCUGCGGGAGAGCGGCUACAUGCACAUCCAGAGCACCAAGCCCGACACCGUGGGCUGCGCCCUGAACGACUCUCCUGCGGGCCUGGCUGCCUACAUCCUGGAGAAGUUUUCGACCUGGACCGAUUCUGAGUUCCAAGAGCUGGAGGACGGGGGCCUGGAGAGAAAGUUCUCCCUGGAUGACCUGCUGACCAACGUCAUGCUCUACUGGACAACUGGCACCAUCACCUCCUCCCAGCGCUUCUACAAGGAGAACAGGGGGCAGCUCUUCAAGCAGGAUCGGAUCAAGGUGUCGGUGCCCACCGGCCUGGCCGCCUUCCCGUGUGAGCUGAUGCACGUACCGGAGAGGUGGGUGAAGGGCAAGUACCCGAGGCUCGUGUCCUACUCCUACAUGCCCCGCGGGGGCCACUUUGCCGCCCUCGAGGAGCCGGAGCUGCUGGCCCGGGACAUCCGCAAGUUCGUGGGGCUGCUCGAGCUGCCCUGAUGCCGCGGGGGUGGCCCCCGGGGCCGAGUCUCCCUCCCGUCAGCCGCCGCCUCCCAGUGAGGCCCCCCGCCCCUUCCCUGCCCCCUCUUCCCUGCCCCCCCCCCGUCUUCUCUUGGCGAAGGUGUAUCCCCCCCCCCCGCCCCCUCCCCUGCCCGUCCUGAGCCCCGCGUGCGCUGCACGCACCCUCCCACAUGCAGGUGGAUGCCGAUAAAUGAUUUUAGUCCUCAGA